AUGGUGAAGCUGAAACCAAUCGGCCUCUGUGAGGAGCUCUCCCCCACUGACCUGGAGCAGGCGGUGGCUGCCCUCAAAACGGCUGAGACAGUCAGUAUGGAGCAACUCUAUGAAGAGUUUUCUGCCAGCCGGGAGGAAAUACAGAAGCCGGACAGGAUACCACACAAUCCACCAGUGAAAAACAAGGAGUCCAAAGAGCUAUGCAUUGUCUUGCUGGGGUUCAGAGGAGCAGGCAAGACCUCGUGCGGGAACAGCCUCCUGGGUGAGGCGUUGUUCAGCCUGGGGAGGACCGCCUGUUGCGCUUGGCGACGGGCUGGCGUGGCGGGGAGUCCCCUCACCGUGGUCGACACCCCUGGGUGGUGGAAGGGCGCCACCGUGGACGACACGGCCGAGCUCAUCAAACAGGAGCUGGUCUGCAGCCCCUCUCGUGGUCCUUCCCCGGGACCCCCAUACCACCACGCCUUCCUCCUGGUUGUCCCGUCAGAUGUCCCCUUCCUGGAGGAACAUAGGGUCUCGGUCAGGGAGCACAUGGGGCUACUGGGCCUCGAUGUGUGGAGUCACACCAUUGUGGUCUUCACCCGCGCGGACCGCCGCUUCGGAGUCCUGGAAGAGUAUAUCAAGCAGGGGGGGGCUGCGCUUCAGUGGGUUCUCAGGAAAUGCGACCAUCGGUACGGCGUCCUUGACAACAAGGAGACGGCGUUUGGGGGAUCCCAGGUGACGGAGCUCCUGGGAAUGAUUGAGGAGAUGUUGGCGGGCGAGGAAGAGUCGGGCAUUCGUUAUGAGGUGGAUAGAGGGCUUGUGGAGGAGGUGGAGGGUUUGAGGAGGGCGCGGCAGCAAGGAGCAAGGCUGAGGCUGAGGAAGGUGCAAGCAGAGAGGGAAUCACGGAGAACCAUGAUGGGCAACCGCUCCCCUCUCGCCAAGAUACGAAUGGUUCUUCUAGGCCACAGAACGGCGGGUAAGAGCGCCUCGGCAGACUCCAUCCUCGGCCUGAAUGAGUCUGCAACACUGGUGGGGAGAACGACACGAUGCCAGGUCAGACACGCCCGUCACCUGGGCCGGGAGAUCAAGGUGGUGGACACUCCCGGGUGGUGGGCCAACGCCUCCGUGGAAGACACCGGCAAGCUGGUCAAAGAGGAGAUGGUCUCUGGGUUGGCCUUGUGUCCUCCCGGCCCGCACGCUCUCUUGCUGGUCGUCCGAGCGGACAUCGCUUUCCCUGAGCAGUUUGGCCGCUCUGUCCUGGAACACAUGAGCCUGAUGGGUGGUGAGGACGUGUGGAAACACACCGUGGUGUUGUUCACCAGAGGAGACUACCUCGGGGAGGACGGGAGCGGGGAGUACUUCAUCGAGAGCGAGGGGGGAGCCCUCCAGCAGAUCAUCCAGAGAUGCCAUCACAGGUAUCACCUGUUCAACAACAGGAACCGGGGAGACGGUGGCCAGGUGGAAGCCCUACUGGAGAAGGUGGAGGAGAUGGUGGCUCUCAACGGGGGGAGAUGUUAUGAAAAGGCCCAAGUGUACCGAGGGAUGAGAAAGCAGAUCCGAGCUUCGGGGACCUUCUGGAAGAAUAGAGUGCGCAAAAGGAGCAAAGCACCUUGCUUGGAAGAGCUGACCAUUCUGUUGCUUGGUCACCGAGGAUCUGGGAAGAGUUCUUCAGGCAACACCCUCCUGGGAGGCGGAGGAAGAGCAGAGCACUUCCAGCCGGGGACGCUUCGCACCAACGUUCAGCGGCAGGGACAAGUGGAAGGACGGCGCGUCACGUCGAUCGACACCCCCGGCUGGCACAUGUUCAGACCCCCGGGCGAGGCCAACCACCCCCCCGAAGAGGCCGCUGUCCGACGAGGGCUCACAGAAGGGCUCUCGCUGGGUCCGCAUUGCAUCCUGGUGUGCCUGCGCGCAGACGUGACGUACGGCGACGAUUCUUACCGUGCGGCAGAGAGGCACCUGCUCCCCCUGCUGGACGGAUACUGGAACCGCACGCUGGUGUUGGUGACUCACGGGGAGUGCCUGGCAGGCAGGGCCGCGGAGCAGUACAUCCAGGGAGCAGGACAGGGUCUCUGGGCCCUGCUGGAAAAAUGCUCCAACAGGUAUCACGUCUUAUGCAACAAGAGCAAGGACGGCACCCAAGUUAGGGAGCUGCUGCUGAAGAUCGAGGAGAUGCUGGCGGGAAACUGCUUGGAAAAAAGGCAAUAGAUGUCAUUUAUCUAGAUACCACAUUGGUUAGUUCCCCUAGAUGUUCAAAUAGUUCAUUGGUGGUUGAACUCUCUGGCAUCUUUGGGGGAAAACAUGAAAAAUAAUUUAAGAUGCACACUGAAUGCAACCUGGAUGGGGAAAGUUUAGGUGAAUAAGGUCUGUAAGAGGUUGCUCUUGAGUUUUUUGCUCGACAUGCUGCUGUUCAUUCAGUAGGCUACUGAUUAGAGAAAUGGUUGACCAAAAGAGUUGGGGAGGGCUUUCUCCAUGGAUAUUUUGAACCUCUACUCAUUGGUCUCGACCUUUACACCAAGAUGGAACAGCCUGUCUCACGUAGCAAGAUUAGAGGUAUUUCAUAUGUGUGCCGCGUUUAGGGUGUUCGACUCCCAGAGGAAGGGGGCGGGGUUCAAUCACCAAUGACCAAUACCUGCUCAUUAACGACAUGUAUCUUAAUUAAUUGUAUUGCCCUUUGGUUCAAAGCGUCUGCUAAAUGACUCAAUCGUUAAUAACUAACGUGUAUACUAGUUAGUUAUUAACGUGUAUACUAUACAUUUGCAAUGCAAAAUAAUAAGAAAAACUCCCUUGAAAUCAGCAAGGAAGAAAUCUUGAGAAUAAAUGUGUUUUACUCUGCAACAUAAAGGUGAUAUAGAAGCUUAACAUACAUACAUAUGUUUCUAUACAAUUACUAAAUUAUAUAAAUAAAUAAACGGGGAACAUAAAGAGACCACCCGAAAAGCAAAAUUGUAUUGCUUUCGCUUAUAGAGUAAGGUUUAAAAUCCACAAAUUGGUGUGUUAUUUAGAAAAACCAAACAGCAUAAUGCAUGA